UUAAUAAUAGCGCGCAGCAAGUGUGCGUUUAUGUCCAGAAGUGAAGUGCAAAGCAAAGUGGUGUUAGGGCAUAGUGCGGAAAAGUUGACAAAGCAGUGACAACAACUUGAUAAGCAAAGAACGGAGAAAGCAAACUAACGCCUGAGAAACGCACACAUACGCGUACAUACAUAUUUACAUUCUUUGGGCUACCCUGCGGCGUUGAAUAGCAGAGGCAAUAUCUCCAAUAUGCCGGUUCCUGUGAGUUGGCGUUGGCGUUGUUGCCGUUGCAGAUUAAAUGCCGACAGCCUAAUUGCGGUUAUAGUUGACUUGUUGUUGCCGCUCCUGCUGCUGCUGACUUGUGUCGGUCAUGGCACCUGCCAAGAUACGACCGUUUACUUUCCCAUGUCUGCAGUUAAAUUCAAUCUUCCAUUCAACGAGAAGUCACAAAGUAUAUUUUCCAAAAUACCAAUUGGACGCUUUCAAAUACUACCCGUUACUACCAUCGACUACCUUUACACCUUAGAGAAUAACGAUCUCUUGCGCGUCAAUAGCAGCAGCGGUGAGGUUUUCAUGAAGGAUGAUUAUCAAACCGCACACAAGAGGGCCAAAAUUAUCCUAAGCGCCAUUGCGCGUAACGCCCACAAGGCGCCUAAUAAAAUACCACAAAUGACUUUGGAAGUGACGCCACAAGCGGAAGCCGCAUACUGCAGCAACUUGGAAAAUGUCUGCUUUUGGGCCGGAGCACAGUACACGAUUAUCGAGGAUGUAAGUCGGGAGACUGCCUUUGAUGCGAAUGAAAUAAUUUCAUUUGAGCCAAUACGCGUGGGCACCUUGAAUCCACGUGCCACACGUUACCUCUGUCCCACCAUGGAUGUGAAGUACACGCUGCAGAAUGGUGGCAAAUAUUUCACUUUAAAAAAUAAUGAACUCUACACAAAAGUGCCAUUGGAUUUUGAGUAUUUCAAUACAACAGAGGUGGCGAAUCUCGCGGUCAGCGUUGCCUGUAAGGUCAAAGUGAGUGAGGAGAAAGUGGUUACUUACAACAAGACGCUGCAUAUAGCGCUUUUAGAUCGCAACGACAACGGGCCGGAGUUGCAAAACGAGGACGCAUAUAAUUUCUUGCUGGAUAAUCCACAUUUUAAGCAGGACGACCCCAUUGGGAGCAAGAUCAUUUUCACCGACAAAGAUUCGCUCAAAUCGAAUGCGCACUUAACUUAUCAAAUUUUCAAUGAUACCAGUGAGUUGGUGCGUCCCGAUUGCACGGCUUACGAAUCAGAUCAUACCGGAAAACGAAAAUCAGCUUUUAGCUGCCAAAUACAUUUCGCACGCAAUGGCAUACUUAGUCAAUCUGAUUAUUGUUUCUCCUUGGUCGCCAGUGAUAACACGAUUGUCGCGAAUACAACAAAAACCGCCAAAGCGAAUAUUUGCAUACGCACCGAUCCGGGUAAGAUACACGAGGCUGAUCGGCCACGUGUCAUGGAGUUGCGCCAGCAUCGUGGUAAGGGUCGGCGUUUAACCAACUCUGCUGAGUCGAUAUUCGACAGCGAUGAUCGGGGCUUCUUAACGCCAAGCAUUUUGAGUAGCUAUCCGAAGGAUGUCUUUAUACAUCGCACUGCCAUGUCGUAUAGUCGAGUGGCCCAACCAGAGAAUUUUUUAAGUUUAAUAGAAAUGUCGGCGGUACAGUUCACAAUUUCUGAGGAUCGUAGUGGCGCUUUUGGUAUAACAACAACGGCUGGUAUUGUAUAUGUAAAGGAUACGAACGCACUGGAGAGCUCGCCGGAAACGGUUUACUUUCUCAACAUCACCUGGCAUGACGCCUAUCAGCGUUCGUUUGUCGUCAAUGUGCAUCUCGUCAAUGGACAUGUCGACAAUGCGACCUGCGAGCAAAAGCUCAAAUCUCGCAGUCAAACUUGCGCUCAGUUAAAAUACCAGAAGCAAUGCACGAAAUUCUGCGGGCUCGGCACCAAUGGUGGCGCAUGUGUGUGGCGCGGUUCGAAUGCAGGUUUCUUCGGACGCAAUUAUGCUUCGUGUGUACCCGAUGCUACACAUUGUCCGGACAAUAUUUGCGAUCCGCUGGAAGAGCUUAAUACUUUUAUCUGUCCACAGGACUGCAUUGGAGGUGGCAAAAUUAUGGGUCCACACACAACCAACAACAAUAAGCGUGGUAUUUACUCUGCGUCGGGUACUUGCACUUGUGAGGACAAUGGCAAAUGCCUAUGCGCGCCACUCGAUGAUGAAGAGCCGCGUCCGAAACGCAAGCGCAAAAAUGAAGCAAAGUCAACUGAUGCCACGAAAUUGACCCAAUUCGGUGGGCUGGUGAGCAACGCGUUGCCAACGCAAAGUAUUUUAAACAAUGAAGUGUUAGACCGCGAUGCAAUGAGCAUUCAUGUGGCCGGUUUCACCUGUGACAGAUCUUGCAUUCUACUCGUUAUCACCUGUCCGCUCGUGCUCAUCGUUCUCAUUAUUUGCUUGAUUGCAUCACAACGUAAUCUUGUGCGUCGUGCAUGUGGCAAGGAGGCGCUCGUACAGAAGUCAUCUGCGAAUGGUGGCGAUUGUGAUGUGCGUAAUGGUGAUGUGCCGCUGAUGCAGCUUGAAAGUGGUUUGGUGAAAUUCGAUAUGGCGGACUCGAAAUGGGAGUUCGAUCGUGCGAAGCUUCAGCUGGAUGUGGUGUUGGGCGAGGGAGAAUUCGGUAAAGUCGUGAAGGGUUAUGCCACCGACAUUGCGGAUAUACCUGGUGUUACCACAGUGGCAGUCAAGAUGCUAAAGACCGGCGCCAAUUCUGUAGAGUAUAUGGCCCUAUUGUCUGAAUUUCAAUUACUACAGGAGGUCUCGCAUCCGAAUGUGAUAAAGUUGCUGGGCGCCUGCACUAAAGACGAUACACCAUUGAUCAUUAUUGAGUACGCGAAAUAUGGGUCGCUACGCGGCUAUUUGCGCUUGGGUCGAAAGAUCGAGUGCUCGGGCGUCGAUUUCACCGACGGCGUGGAACCAAUGACUGUGAAGAAUAUUCUCGCGUUUGCAUGGCAAAUUUGCAAGGGUAUGGCAUAUUUAACGGAGAUUAAGUUAGUUCAUCGCGAUUUGGCAGCACGCAAUGUCUUACUCGCCGACGGAAAAAUCUGCAAAAUAUCUGAUUUUGGCCUAACGCGUGAUGUCUACGAAGACGAUGCCUAUCUAAAGCGUUCGCGUGAUAGAGUGCCGGUGAAGUGGAUGGCGCCUGAGUCAUUGGCCGAUCAUGUUUACACCACCAAAUCGGAUGUGUGGGCUUUCGGCGUGCUCUGUUGGGAGCUGAUUACGUUGGGUGCCUCACCAUAUCCAGGUAUACCGCCACAGAAUCUCUAUCAUUUAUUGAAAACCGGCUAUCGCAUGGAAAGACCAGAGAACUGUUCAGAAGAAAUUUAUUCCAUUGUGCGCACAUGCUGGACGGAUGAUCCUAACUCGCGACCUUCCUUCAAAUAUCUAGCUUCACAAUUCGAGAAACUCCUCGGCAAUAAUGUCAAGUAUAUUGAAAUGGAAUCGUGUGCCAUUUCCAAUCCGAUGUAUUGCUUGGAUGAAGCUAAAUUGAGCAGCAUUUCACAACCCGAUCUAACCGCUGGCCUUGAGGAGUUUGGCGCGCCAGACUCGUUGGACCAUCUCUGGCGACCACCUAAAAUGUGCUACGACACACAGGAAUGUCCGAGCAGUCGCGAAUUCUCCACCACAUUUAGCAUGGAGUUCCAACAGCCACCACCUGGUUAUGAUGUGCCACGUCCACUCAUCGAGACUGCUACCACUGAACAGGCCUUACGCUAUGAGAAUGACUUACGUUUCCCCUUGAACAUACGUAAGUCUGUUUGUACCGCUAGCCUUGCGACGAAUAGUCAAAAUGGCAGCGGUGGUGUCGCCGAUGGGACAUUGACACAGCAGCUCUAUUCGAUGCCGGUGAAACGAGGACGCUCUUACUUGGAUAUGACAAAUAAGACAUUCAUACCCGAUAAUUUGGAUAGUGAUGCAUUUGAAAAACAUCUUUCGAAAACAAUCUCAUUUCGAUUUUCUAGUCUAUUGAAUUUAAAGGAACAAGAUUUGGGGGCUGUUUAGAGUUACUAAGUAAAGCAAGAGGGCGAAUUUAUUUAAGAAAUAAUUUUUUUUUAUUCGUGGUGUUUUUUGUGUAUAAGCAAUGUGUGUGUAUGUAUGAGUGUAGAACAAAUUGUUGAUUAGUUUUAGUUUAUUAAUUUAAAAACAAAAACAAUGCUUAGUUGUAUAAUUUCAGUUGAGGCUGUAGAAAAAGUGACUUUUAUAAACAAAUCUCGAUGUAUACGUACUAAGUUUAUGUGUAAAUCUAUAAAUGUAUUAUGUAAAUUCAAGCUAAUCCUAGCUGUACUUAUUGCCAAAGAAAAUACUCCUAUAUUUAUAAACAUAAUUCCAUUUUAAGGAUAAAUUUAAGCUUUCAUCAAUUUCGUUUGUUUUGUAUGGAGAAUGUCUAAAAGUUUCUAAAGUAUUUACACCUGAUGACUGCCAGCAUUUAAUUUUUUAAGUCGUUUUUAAGUGAAGUAUGUGUAGUAGGCCGAAAAGCGUAUGCGCAUGAGUUGGUAGGUAAGUACAAGUCAGUAAGGGUCAGAGAGAGCUUUUACUCCGUGUUCGUCCAAAUCAGACACGACCAAAACCUAUUACGCAGGGAAAGCUUUUAAAAUUUUCUUCAGAGUGGUCUCUUAUCAUCAUUGGUCCGAAAAUCUAUAUAAUAUUUUAAUCUAUAGAAAGCUUUA